GAGCUGUUUGUCUUCUAGAAGCGUGAAGCUGCAGGUCGGCAGUGACGGGGACGAACAAUCUGCAGCAGGAAGAAAUCUUCAUUACCAGUUGUCUCCAUCAUGAAGAACUUGGUUGCGUUUUUAGUUCUUUGUGUUGUGAUUGCCCAGGCUGAUGCCACGAGACGAUCUUGUGCUCCACGGUGGAGUUGGAAGUGUCCUCCUGGCUGGUCCGCAUAUAAGGAUCGCUGUUUCCGCUACAUUCCCACACGCCUGACCUGGGCACAAGCGGAGUUGAACUGCAGAUCCAUGAAGGGGACCCUGGCAUCAGUUCACAACAUCUAUGAGUACCACAAGAUUCAGCGGAUCAUAACGGCAGCUUGUCAUGGAUAUCCAACAACAUGGAUCGGAGGCUCUGAUGCACAACAGGAGAAGCUUUGGCUGUGGUCUGAUGGGAGUUCUUUCCACUACUCCAACUGGUGUCGUGGAGAACCCAAUAAUAGUGGCCAACAGCACUGUUUGCAAAUUAAUCAUUCAGCGAGUAAGUGCUGGGAUGAUGCUCAAUGCUGGUAUAAACGUCCGUCUGUGUGCGCAAGAAAAAGGAAAUCCUGCCUGUUCUGAUCCGGAAACCCGACAGCCGUCUAUGACCACAAACACUGUUGGAGUUUGUGAAUCCCUGGAUAAGCAGCCAAACCCCCACUCAUCCUUAUUCUUAACUAUGCUUUUUUCUUAUCUAUUACUGCAAUGUUACUUAAAGAAUGAGGCGAGAAUCGACACAAACUGGAGAUGGAUUGUCCCGUUGCUCUUGUGACUUUAAAAUGGGCAUAAUGAAUGUGUUUUGGAGCUUUUAGCACAACUUUUAUCUGCAGCAUGAAUUGUUCCUCUUUUCUUUUGUGAAAUUAAAACGCUCAAGCAUCGAAA